CAGAUGUAUACAGGAAGUUAAAAGAAAUACAAUAUAUUCAGUGCGAAAACAUUUUUUGGCAAAGUUGCGCCCCUUGGCGAAUCAUUUGUUUAUCAAUCACUAUUGAUCAGUAUCAAGACUCUUCCAUCACAGAAAUUUGACUACUAAGUGUUCAUUUACCAUCUGAUAAUGUACCAACAGUUAUGGAUUAUCAAACAACGAAUGUUUUAAUUUUUACAGCUAUUUUUCUUGGUGUAUUUGGUUUUACCUGGUUUGAAGCCCAAGACAAAUGUCAAAGAAAUGGACAAAAAAUACCGACUGGUCCUGAAUCUAAGCCAAGCUCAUCUUAUUGGACUACAUACCAUAAACGCACUUCUCACUGGAUGUGUAAUUUAGGAUGUUACUCAGAUAAAGAUCUUUCUUUCAAAAGAAUGAACAAUUAUUCCCUGAAUGUUCCAUCACCUGGAUUAUGUCAAGAAAGAUGUAUUAAAAGAACGCCGAGCACAUUUCUGUUUGCAAUCAAGAACAAUUUAUGCAUCUGUCUGAAUGAACCUCCCAAGAAACCAUCAAGUCAACUUAGCAACUGUAAAUUCUGCAUGGUAAACAGUAAAUUCUCACCGGAGCCAGAGUGUAAUGGCAAAUUACCUUUCAGAGUAUUCUUCUCCAUUGUAUUUCAAAAGGACAUCAAUUUACCGGCAUCAAACUGUGACAAAACAAAUAAAUGCUGUGAAAUACAUAUAAAUCGAAUGAAUGAACGAGAAAAUCUAAAUACAAGAGGACGUGAUUUUACCUUUGCGUUCCGCAAAAUAUGGGAUCUGCUAAAACCGCCAUUAUGGAACAAGUCCAGUUGUAUUGUUUUCAUAAGGCAAACUUAUACAAGUUUUGAUCAAGGUGAUAAGCUUACCGACUUCGACAAAAGCAAGAUCUCCUCUUGUCAACAGUGCCUUAAAACUGGAUGUCCAUUUGUUGAUUGUAACGAUUCUGUGGAUACAGUUUUCUGCUCAAAAACCAUAUUUACCGCUCGACCUGCUAUGAGCACAACACCAGAAACGAAUACAAAUGUUUCCUCAAAAAUAUACUCCAAACAGAAUUGGAUACCAACGUCAGUUUCAUCAUUUAUAAAUCAACCAAAGACGACAAAAACCAACACUGAGACCACAGUUCCCCCGCAUACUUCAUUUAAUAUAUCACUUGAGGGUAAACCAACAGUCAUAACAUACCAAUCAUCAUAUGCAGCAACAACAAUGAAUCAACAUAAAACAAAAGAUAUCAAUUGGAAGGUUACAACGCAUUUGAAUAAUUACACGGCAACGGUAGAAUUAACCAUGAACAAGGAAGAUGAAGAUAGAAGCAAUGAAGAAAGCCAUGAAGACUUCAUCCAGAUUGUAAUUCCUGUACUAGCUAUUGUAAUUUCAGCAUGUUUAAUGUGUGUUGUCAUCAAACUCAUCAGAAGGAAGCAAAAUUCACGAGUAAAAAGAAGUUUAGAAUCACAAAAAGACUUCUCAUCAGGAAGAAUUAUUGACAAAAACCUCUCCAGCCCUCAGUAUGCUGAAAUAAAGAACAAAACAGAUGAACACUGUUUAGAGGAAUGCACGUAUGAUUUGGCAGACAACAGUAACUUGGAGGAAGAAAGGUUUACAUGUAACACUGAAGAAGAGAGUCACUAUGAUCAUCUUAGAGAUAAUGUUCAAAACAAAAAUGUAGAAGAAGAUAUCUAUAAUCAUCUUCAAAUUGAAAGUGAAUCUAGUUAUUCUACUUUUACACUAGGAAUCGAGCUAAAGGGAAUUAUUGAUAAUCCUUACGGUGAAGCGGACUUUCAAAAUGAUAUUUAGUACCGUUGCUAGUUCCGUUUAAAUAAUUUUUCUGAGUAUUCUAAAGCAAAAAAUGUAAUUUAAAAAUAAAUUAGAAGGGCACUAAACAAUAUUUCAAAAGUUUUUCGAGGAAGUGAAAAUUAUCUUUGGCGUACAGCUUCAAUUGUAGUGCACAAAAACAUACUAACGUCGGUAUA